GAGUACAUUUCUGGCAAUUGUUAAUUUUUCAAGGGCGUGUAUUUCUUCUUUUGAACUCCAAACCCGGGGCUAAAGCCCUCCCAAAACCCCAUUCUCUCUCUCAUGGCUCGAGUGUUCCGCCCCAUACGAAGAGCAUUCCUCUCGCUACCAUCUACUUCAGAAACCUUACUAGGUCAGAAUUUGCUAAACCCCUAUCUCAAUACUCAAAACCUCAUUCUCCACACACUCUGUCAAAAUCGAUCUUACAUCGCUGAGAUGCGCAAAUCGGCCUUCGAAGGCAACAUCCUCAGACUCAUCCGUAAUGAGAUCGAGUUUGAGCUCGAACGGUCCUCUCCCAAACAGCCUGUUAGUGAAUUCAAUUGCUAUGCGGUUGAUGACCGACCUGGAGAGCAGUGGAUUAGAUUGAAAAGAAAUUUUGGAGAUGAGGAAAAGAUUAAAAUUGAAGUCACCAUGUUUGAUGGCUCUGUUCCUGCUCCAAAAUCAGGCCAAGGUGCCAUAGAGGAAGAAGUGCAGCUGCAUAUCACCUUUAUUGUUGAUAUAUGCAAGGGAGAUGGUGGUGAUGUCAUGGAAUUCAUGUGCUCGGCUUGGCCAGAUAGCAUAGAGAUUCAAAAAGUUUUCAUGCAUGGACACAAUCAGAUGCCAACUCAGCCUUACAUGGGCCCAAAAUUCAAGGAAUUGGAUGAUGAACUGCAAGAUGCACUGUAUGACUUUUUGGAAACAAGGGGCAUUAAUGAUGAUCUUGCUGUUUUCUUGCAUGAAUACAUGAAAAAUAAAGAUAAAACUGAGUUUAUUCGAUGGUUGGGAAAUGUCAAGUCUUAUAUAGAAAAGAAUUAGGGAAGUUGUUUUAAUGCGUCAGAUUGUGCCAACUGUUGGACUCUGUGCAUUGACUGAUGGAGACAUAGUGCAAUAUGCAAUUUUUGGCUCUCUGCACGUUUCAUUCUCUGUAUGGGAAGAAAUUUGAGUAAAUUAAUGUUAAAUGUAGAUGAAAAUGGAAAUGCAUUUAGAAGUUCCAUUUAAUGCCAUUGAAAUCACCUGAAACUCUUGGUAGUGUCAUAUGUGGUUUCAGACUUAUUUGAUAUGUAGAACUAUCUUUAUAUCCGGUUGCAAA